AUGUAUAUUUGUAUAACUGCAAAUAGUUCUAUAGAAAAUCUUUAUAAAAAAUUACGUAAAAAUAAUUCAUCUAUAGAUAUUAAUACACUAUAUCAUAGAAUUAAAUUUAUCAUAAAAUUUGAAGAAGAACCUAUAGAUCCAAGAAUUGGAGAUAGAAAUAUUUUACGAAUAUAUAAAAAAGGAAAUAAGCAAGAUGUGAAUAAUAGAAUUUUUGAUAUUGAAUUUAAUAGAG